AUGAGUUCGACAAAUAUAUGGAGCACAGGAAGCUCGGUCUACUCGACUCCUGUAUUUUCACAGAAAAUGACGGUGUGGAUUCUGCUCCUGCUAUCGCUCUACCCGGGCCUCACUAGCCAAAAAUCUGAUGAUGACUAUGAAGAUUAUGCUUCUAACAAAACAUGGGUCUUGACUCCAAAAGUUCCGGAGGGUGAUGUCACUGUCAUCUUAAACAACCUCUUGGAGGGAUAUGAUAAUAAACUUCGACCUGAUAUAGGAGUGAAACCAACAUUAAUUCACACAGACAUGUAUGUGAAUAGCAUUGGUCCAGUGAAUGCUAUCAAUAUGGAAUAUACAAUUGACAUAUUUUUUGCCCAAACAUGGUAUGACAGACGUCUGAAAUUUAACAGCACCAUUAAAGUCCUCCGAUUGAAUAGCAACAUGGUGGGGAAAAUCUGGAUUCCAGACACCUUCUUCAGAAAUUCCAAAAAGGCUGAUGCACACUGGAUAACCACCCCCAAUAGGAUGCUGAGAAUUUGGAAUGAUGGCCGAGUGCUCUACACCUUAAGGUUGACAAUUGAUGCUGAGUGCCAAUUACAGUUGCACAAUUUCCCAAUGGAUGAACACUCCUGCCCCUUGGAAUUCUCCAGUUAUGGCUAUCCGCGUGAAGAAAUUGUCUAUCAAUGGAAGCGUAGUUCUGUUGAAGUGGGUGACACAAGGUCUUGGAGACUUUAUCAGUUUUCAUUUGUUGGACUGAGAAAUACCACUGAAGUAGUGAAGACGACUUCUGAGAAUUUCUAUCACAAAAUAAUACUAAAUUUGUGUUUAGGAGAUUAUGUGGUCAUGACUGUCUAUUUUGACCUGAGCAGAAGAAUGGGAUACUUCACCAUCCAGACCUACAUCCCCUGCACACUCAUCGUUGUCCUGUCCUGGGUGUCUUUCUGGAUCAAUAAGGAUGCUGUUCCAGCCAGAACUUCUUUAGGCAUUACCACGGUGCUGACAAUGACCACCCUGAGCACCAUUGCCCGCAAGUCGCUGCCCAAGGUCUCCUACGUCACAGCGAUGGAUCUCUUCGUCUCUGUUUGCUUCAUCUUUGUCUUUUCUGCUUUGGUGGAGUAUGGCACCCUGCAUUAUUUUGUCAGCAACCGGAAACCAAGCAAGGACAAAGACAAAAAGAAGAAAAACCCUCUUCUUCGGAUGUUUUCCUUCAAGGCCCCUACCAUUGAUAUCCGCCCACGAUCCGCAACCAUUCAAAUGAACAAUGCCACACACCUUCAAGAGAGAGAUGAAGAAUACGGGUAUGAGUGUCUGGACGGCAAGGACUGUGCCAGCUUCUUCUGCUGUUUCGAAGACUGCCGAACAGGAGCUUGGAGACAUGGGAGGAUACACAUCCGUAUUGCCAAGAUGGACUCCUACGCGCGCAUCUUCUUCCCCACUGCCUUCUGCUUGUUCAAUCUGGUUUACUGGGUCUCCUACCUUUACCUGUGAAGAGGCAUGGGUGUUACUGAUGUGGGUCUUACUCACUACAUCUCAUGGAGAGAGAGAUGUCCUUUCUAAGUCCACUUACA